AUGAAGCGGCUCGGGUAUAAGAAAUCCCGUAAGGGUUGUUUACGGUGUAAACAGCGAAGAGUCAAGUGUGACGAAAAGGUCCCCUGCACUGCGUGUUGCAGACACGGCGUGCCCUGCAGCCUCGAGGGGUCAGGCUCUGUUACCCCUGAGGUCCCAUCGGGUCGAGACCGUGUGCCAGCUAGACAGCAACCGUCUUCCUCUAGGUCUUCUUCUGAGAGGAGCAAGGAGCAGAAUACACCGCCCACAUCUGACUUGUUUUCAUGCUUUUCACAUUUCCAAUCCGAGGCCGCAAACAACCCACAAGAUCCAGGUUGGAUAUCAGAUAUCGAACUAACACAUCACUACACGGCCAACGCCCAUCGGACUCUAUACUCACCAUGUUGCCACGCAUACAACGCGCUCCAAAACGAUGUCCCAAGAGAAGGCUUCUCCCAUCCCUUUCUCCUCCACCAACUCCUCGCUUUCUCCGCCCUCCACCUAGCCUUCUUGAAACCAGAGUCUCGCAACAGAUAUCUCAUCCAGGCCUCGCAGCACCAAGGCGUGGCCAUCAGCACCAUGAACUCGCUCUUGGCAAAGCCUCUGCCAUCGAGUGAAUUCCACGCCAUGUAUGCAACUUCGAUCUUUGUCGCCAUAAGCGCUUUUGGCACCUAUCCCAGCUGCGAUAGGUAUCAAGAGUCUUUCCGUCCCAUCGAUGGCUUGGUCGACAUAUUCAUCCUCAUCCGCGGCAUGAACAUUCUCCUCCGCUCAUCUGGUGAGGAGUUGCGAAGCGGACCCUUGAAGGGUUUACUGAGCGGGUGCAAUUGUCCACCCUUUGAGAACAUUGGCCGCCUUGAUACGGUGGCUUCCAAGCUAGGAGAUCUCCUACCAGCUGUACAAGACCAAUUACCCUUGCUCGACACUGAAGAUGGACAGCUCUGUGUAGACACCAUCGCCGGGUUCAUUGAAACCAUCUCGAUGGUCACCAGCAACCCCAAGUCGGCGCCAACACCCGAGCUGAGGGUCAUCUUUGCCUGGCCCAUGGGACUCUCAAGCACCUUUCUAUCACUCUUGAGAAACUGCGAGCCACUGGCCCUGGCAAUCCUUUCUUACUACUGCGUGCUGCUUCACUCGCGAGAACCAAAGUACUGGUUUCUCCAAGGCUGGACGAACGCGCUGAUGAAGGUUGUGGUGGCAAAAGUGGUUGGUACACGGUGGGAGGGACUGAUACAAUGGCCAUUGCAAGUGAUGAGAGAAAAUGAGACGGCUACGGGGACUGUAGAGGAGCACCCGGAGUCUCGCGCCGCCCAAGAGGUAACGUAUCCCAUAUGUUGA